AUAUGUUAGAAAUAUUUAUAAAAUAAAAAAGAUUUUUUGGAACACGUAAAUAUCUACAUUGAUCAAAAAAGUUUUUAAAUCAUUACAAAAUAUAGAGGUUUUUUAUAAUUUACAAGUUGUGUAAAACUUGCAAUUAUGGAACAAUUAGCCGCUUGCAAUGCAUUGCAAAUUGAUAAGGUAACAUCUAGUGAUAAAGAUAUUAUCUCAUCUGUGCAUAGAAAAUCAAGCAAAAAAUCUUUGUCUAAAAAGAGGAAAACUGAUAAAAAAAAAUACAAAAAACAUAAAAAAAGAAGAAGUUCAUCUUCAAGUAGUGAAACUGAUGACAGUGAUAAAUUGGAAUGGGUGGAAAAAAAAAUUGAAGAUCAAACCUCUUCAUAUAACAUUGAAAAUUCUAUUGAUAAUGAAAUACAAGCAAAACCGCUUAAAAGAGAUGAAUGGAUGAAUGUGGAAAGUUUCCUUCCAUAUUUAUCAAAAUCUGAUAUAAAAAAACAAAAAUUAAAUACGAAAGAGGAAGACAAAACCAGAAAUCUCCUAGAUAAACCAGGCCAAAGCGACAGAGAGUUAAAUCCAUACUGGAAAGAUGGAGGUGAUGGAUUACCUAAAAUUAGCCCAGGAAGAUUUGAUAAUUCACAAGUUUGGGAUGCAAACUGGUUAAAAAAAAGUCUUCGACGUGCUGAGGAACAAGCUCAUAGAGAUGGUAAAACUUUAGAAGAAGUGGCUACAGAACGUUGGGGUUCUCUAGAAACUAUACAAUCCAUGAUAAUUAAUGCAGAAAAAAGGUCAAAUACUGAACAGAAUAAAUAUUUCAAAAAAUAUUACAAUGUUAGUAGACAUAACAAAAAUUCACAUGGAAUUUCAAGUUCAAGAUUAAGAAAUCGCUCGAGAUCUAGAUCUAGAAGUAAAGAACGUACUGGAAAAUAUAAUAUACCUGACUAUUUCUCACGUCACGUAAAGCAAAAACAAAGCUUUCAAAGACCGAAAGAUAGUGAUAAUUAUUAUCAACAAACUACACAUAGUUCUACUAGUAGACCCAAAAAUAUUAGAAAGCAUGAAUCUGGGUUAAUUGAAUCAUCGAAAUUGGAAGAAACUAAAACAGAGAAUAUUAGUAACAUAAAUGAAAUGUAUAAAAACAAAAAUAUUGAAAUUUUAACAGAAGCAGAAAUGAACAAAUUAGGAGCAAGAAUUAUUAAGGCUGAAAUAAUGGGUGAUAAUGAAUUAGCAGCUCAGCUUAAAGCGCAAUUAGAGCAGGCAAGAAAACUUUCUGCAACAAAUAAGACUAAUGUACAAGAGGAAACUGUGAUUCUUACAAAAACUGAUGCAAAAGGUAUUGCAAGACCAAUUCUACCCAGGAGUCAAUCUAAGCAAUUUACAGAAAAUUAUAGAAAGAAGAAAUCUGUGGAAACACAUGUCUCUGGCGAGAGAUGCUAUUUUGCAGAUGAUAAUAAAUAUUCCUUACAAGAAAUGUUUCAACGAGAGAAAGGAAGAUCCACAAAUGAAGAUGAAAGGAUAUUUACUAGACUUGUUGCUAAGAAUGCAGAUCAUGUAGAUGAUAUGUUUGAACAACAAAUUACACGUACAGAUUCUGAAGAGAAGCAAGACAGGCGAGAUCGUUCGCAUGCAAUCAAGGAACACAUACAUUUAUCUAAUUCAAUGGAAAAUUGUUCGUGGUGCUUAGAUUCGAAGAAUAUGUUAAAGCAUAUGAUAGUUACAAUGGAUUCCAUGAUUUGCUUAAGUCUGCCUGCUUAUACUUCCUUGACUACUAGUCAAUGUAUAUUGACACCUAUACAACAUGUAGCUUGUCAGUUGCAAUUAGAUGAAGAUGUAUGGUAUAGACUCAAGGAAUUUAAAAAAGAAUUGAUAAAGAUGUUUAUGAAAGAAGAUCUUUAUCCAAUAUUUUUUGAAGUGUAUAAAAAACGUCGUAAAUUUUCACAUAUGCAAUUACAGUGUAUUCCAUUACCAAAAGAAACUGGUGAAUCAGCACCAAUAUAUUUUAAGAAAGCUUUAUUGGAAUGCGAAACUGAAUGGUCUAUUAACAAGAAAAUAGUUUCUUUAAAAGAUAAAGAUAUACGUCAUGCUGUACCAAAUGGUUUACCAUAUUUUAUGGUAGAGUUUGCUUCACAUCCCGGUUAUGCUCAUGUAAUUGAAGAUGAAGAAAUGUUUCCGAAGAAUUUUGCCGAGGAAAUAAUAGGCGGUAUGCUGGACAUAGAUUGUAAUCUAUGGCGAAAACCAAAAAGACAAAGUUUUGAUGAACAAAGAAUAAAAAUGCUAAAGUUUACAGAAAUAUGGAAAAAACACAAUUCUUUGCAAUCAGACGAUAUUUAA